AGCCGCGGAGGUAGCAGUACAGCAGCAGCAAUGGGGUUCACCAGUAAGACCGCGGGUCUCGCCCUCUUGUUCCUCGGGCUUGCUGCUAGGCAAGCCUCGGCUGUCACCUCCUGCCUCGACCUCAUCACCGCGGUUGAGGCCAUCUCCGAUACAGGGACGAUAGAGCUCGAGGGCGGCUUUAACUGCGACACAUUCAUCACGGUCACUGCUGGCCAGGAUGUCACCAUCAGCGGCGCCUACACGAUCACCAUCGGCGCGGGGUUUGCCGGCAGCACGGACGAGGACGGCAGCCUGUUCGUGAAUGAGGGCAUCCUGAAGCUCGACGGCAUCACGUUCGUUACGGAAACAACGAAUGGGAACCGCGCUGUCUGGAACGCCGGAGAGCUUUCGGUGGAAGGCUGCACCUUCGAACUUUACCCUACCGGAGCAUUCCUUGCUAGGGGGGGUGUGAUCUACUCCGACUCUGCUGAAGCAAUUGCCAUCUCAAACUCCAUCUUCAAAUCAAACCUCGCGAGCGAGAGGGGCGGUGCAGUGUACGCCAUCGGCUCCGAAACCCUCACUAUCACGGACUCCCUUUUCAGGGGCAACGAAGUUGGGACGGGCGUUGACGCGGACGGCGCAGGAGGCGAUGUUUACGCAGGCACCAAUGUUGAGCUCACGGUCACUGGCACUACGUUCUCGACGUCUGCGGCCGAGUACGGCGGAGCUGCCAUCGAGUGCUGCGGUGCGGUGAUCUCCGAUACUGUCUUCACGGGAGCGGACACUGCCAGCGACGGCGUGAGUCGACGGAUGGGGUUCAAGCGAGAAAGGAUCAAAAGAGACUGCUGUCCUAAUCAUCUUCUGAACUAGUACAUCUAAUCUGCCUCUGUUUUGGGCCGAGAGCGAAACUCCUUUGCCGCUGGCAUAUCUCAACGGAAACGCUCCUGUUUCCAGCACUUGACAAUGACAUGCCUGCUGCACAACCAAGCCAGGACUCACGUAUUGUCUCCAAGCGGGCAUGUUGGCUGAUCUGUUCUUCGCAUGCCCUGCAUGCCUUCCACCGCCGUCCAAAUAGUUGUACAGAAGCAUGGUCCGUUCACGAUAACUUCGGGUUCGUACUGCUGUAUUUGUUGACACCGAGCACUAUUGAUUCGCUUCCGUUGUACCCAUCUCCCCGACGAACCCA